CAGGGUAAAAUGACUUCACUUGAUUUCACCUUCUAUCACUCAUCAGAAACCAGAGAGGGUGAAAAGGGGAAGGGCGAAGGGUGACAGAGAGAUGGGGGAGGGAAAGUCAGAGGAAGAGUGGGGAGGAAUAUGAAGGGUGAGUGAGUGAGAGUAAGAGAGAACGUAUGGAAAAGAAGAUGACGAGACUGGGCAGGAGAGAUGGUCAGCGAGACGGAGAAGGUGAAAGCAACAGUGAAAAAGAUGGGAUGAGAGGGAUGUUAAUUAUGAGGCGAGGUGAAAGAGAGACCCAGUAUGUUAAAGGUCACGUUAAAGGAAAAGAGCUCAGCUGCUGUUAGUGGUAGUAGCCGAUGCAGCAGGUACAUCUAUACCGCUGAGAAAGUAGUUCCUGUUAUGUAACCCAAACAUCAACACACAUAUUUAACUGUGCUUCUGAUGUAUCCCCACCUGUAGGUAGGAGAAGGUAACAAAACAGACAUGACUUAAAGCCUAUAUCAAGAUAAAUAAUCAGAUUUGCCACAAGAACAAUAAACGUGCAACAGCGGAUGUAUUUCCUUUCUCGUGAUGGCUCGCUUCUAAUUAUGUUUGUCCUGUUUAAUUACAGUAUGACCAGUUAAAAACAGUUGGCUGAUUCAUUGAUUGGGCUUCCACUGAGAUGCCAUUGGUAAUUUAUAGACUUUCUGGAAAUAAGUAAAUUUGGUAUGGUAUGACUUUGCUGACAGUAAUUCAACACAUAUCCUAAUACAGAUACCUUUAAAUGUAAAACAGCUCCCUCAAAAUAUGGCUUACGAUAGAGCCAAAGCUUCUCUGGUAGUCUUCACAGAAACAGAAACAGAAACAGACAGACAGACAGACAGACAGACAGACAGACAGACAGACAGACAGAUAGAUAGAUAGAUAGAUAGAUAGAUAGAUAGAUAGAUAGAUAGCAAGUUUGUGUAGCAAAUGUACUGCCUUUCUUCAGCCUCAUUAGCAGCCAUCUUUAAUUUAAGCCACAUUAAACUAAUAUAUGAGAGUCAAACGAGCUCAGUCUGCUAGCAGAUGUGCCGAGACACAGACAAAACACUUAAGGGGCUGUAUUGUACCGCACGGGGAGAGAAAUUAUUAGCAUCCAACAGACAAAUACUGAUACACUCUGGGCCGAGAGUACUGCCAGCAACAUUGGCAGGGGGUAACACAUCAUUAUUUUGCAAACUCUGUUUUAUUGUUGGAAGUGUUUUCACAGCAAAUUGAAUGGGAAAGACACUGACAGUUGACAAACGGGAUCUUACAAAAUGGAUAUGACCGUAAUGGUGCACUUGAUCACACACUGUGGAACAAGACAACCAUAGCGAUGUCCACAGCCUCACUGACGACAGGACCUGUUCAAGUGUGUGUGUGUGUGUGUGUGUGUGUGUGUUUAACAGACAUGAUGUGACAUGUUCAGGGCCAGUCUAAACCCAGAGUAUAAAUGGCACCGGGGGAAUAUGUGGUAAUUAAGAGAAAACUGUGCAGAGGUUCACAGCAGGGUAAUUGGCUCCCAUGCAUCUAUUUCAGGACAACACACACACACACACUCAUAGAAGGCAAUGGGCAAGCAACUUCAACACCCUGGCAUACACACACUCUCUCAAACACUGGGUACCAAGCCAUAGGGGACUGUGGUGUUUUCUCAGCCCAUACAGAAUCAAUAGGUGUUCUCACAAUCAAGAUGGCCACCUUUGACAACAGUACCAACCUAGCCAAUGUCAGUGCCUUCUACUGUAAACUUAAAGAAGAAUUUAAAUAUAUUCUCCUUCCUGUCAGCUAUGCCUUCGUCUUUGUAAUUGGCCUGGCGCUGAACGCCACAGCGCUGUAUGUGAUUGUGUUCCGCACUAAGCGCUGGAAGCCCUCCACUAUCUACAUGUUCAAUCUGACCAUGUGCGACACACUCUACAUCUUCACUCUGCCCUUCCUCAUCUAUUACUACGCAGACGAGAACGACUGGCCCUUCAGUGAACCGAUCUGCAAGCUCAUACGCUUCCUGUUUUAUGCCAACUUAUAUGGUUCCAUUCUGUUCCUGUGCUGUAUCAGUCUGCAUCGCUUCAUUGGCAUCUGCUAUCCAGUCCACUCCCUCUCCUGGGUCAGCGCUCGUCGGGCCAGGCUGGUAUCUGUGGCAGUGUGGGCCACCGUUUUAUUCUGCCAAGGACCUAUUCUCUACUUCUCAAGAACUAAGAAUCAGGGCACGCUGGUCUGCUACGACACCACCAGCCCAGAGCUUUUUGAUGACUUCUUGGUGUACAGUUCAAUAGUGUCAGUUCUCAUGUUUGUCCUGCCCUUCCUGGUGGUGAUGGUGUGCAAUGGCCUCAUAGUGAGGAAGCUUCUAGAGCCUGGCUGGGGGUCUGAAGGAGGAGCCGAGGGCGAGAGUGGGGGCCCGAGCGCCCACCGUUCAAAGCAGAAAUCAGUGAAGAUGAUCAUCAUUGUGUUGGCAGCGUUCAUGCUCUGCUUCCUCCCUUUCCACCUCACCAGGAGUCUUUACUAUGUUUUUAGAUACCUAAGGCAGGCAAAUCCAGCCCAGAUCAGCUGUAAUUUGCUGGAGGCCUCCAGUGUAGCCUACAAGGUGACCCGACCUUUGGCCAGCGCUAACAGCUGUCUGGACCCCAUCCUUUACUUCCUGGCUGGGCGUGACGCCCGCAGUAACCUCACCAAGAAGAGCACAUUGCCUUCAUCGAAACCAACAAGUGUGAGCCAACGUUUGACAACUCAACUCUGAUCCAAUAAAAAAUGCUAAAGGUUUAGGGGACAAGAACUGUACUUUAUUCCUCCUCUGGUAGAUGUGAGACCCCAUACCUGUGCACUUUUCAAUCUUAAAUGUCAGCCAGUUCAGACUUCUCACGGUUGAAAUCUCCUAAUGAAGAAUCAAAUUUGAAAUUAAAACCAGAUCAACAUUUUGAAAAUCCUACACGAUUACCAAGUCUUUGUAUAAUAUAUGUAUAAUGUAAGGACUUUGUUUUGCAAAGUUCAGUUGAUCACACUGCAUUCAGAUUUUGGGCGGCACAGUGAUCCAGUGGAUAGCACUGUGGCCUCAUAGCAAGAAGGUCGUGGGUUCCAACCCUGGUCGUCCUGACCUUUCUGUGUGGAGUUUGCAUGUUCUCUCUGCGUGGGUGUGCUCCGAUUUCCCCCACCAUCAAAACAUGUUAGUUCUUCAGUCAGUGCAAUUGACCAGGCACUGAUAAAAACCUGGAGUUGGUCCCCGGGCGCUGCACAGCGGCUGCCCACUGCUCCAUUGAGGGAUGGGUUAAAGGGCAGAGAAUGAAGUUCGCAAUGUGUACGUGACAAUAAAAGUAUCUUCUUCUUCUUCUAUCAUUAACUAAUAGAAAUGAUCAGAUUUGACCAGAUGUAAAAUAAAUAUCGAAAUCACGUAGUGAAUGCCUUUAAAGGAGUUCUUGAGUUCAUAUUUUUUUGUUAUAUUUGAAAAGCUAUAACGUAUCGAUAUAACUAAACUACAUGGUGCUCCACAACUGUGGUUUUUGUAAAUGAUUCUACUGGACAACAGCUGCACCUGAAGUUUUAAUUGGCACAAGUGGGUUUUCCUCAGCUCUGCUUUCUCUGAUUAACAUUUAAGACAAAGAUGGCAGUGGAGUAGGGUGUGUGUGUGUGUGUGUGUGUGUGUCACUUUGUAUCACAAAAUAUGAAGGAACUUGACAUCGUAAUAAAUAUGUAUAGAUUUUGA